UUUCGCUUUUUCGUCGCCCCGAAAGCAACCUAGCUGCAUCGGUGCACCUCGCCAGCCCUUCGCGUUUGGCUUAUUUCGCUUUCGGAGCCGGCGAACAUAAAUCUGGGUCAUGGGGCUUUUCGGACGUCUCUCCAUCUUUCGUAGCUCGAAGGACAAGCCUGCCGACGGCUCGAAGGACCUCAGCGGCGUUGUUCCUGCGUCCAGUAGCACGGGUCCCCGACCCGCAAGUCCGACCGGCGAUGCGACCUCGCCACCGGACCAGUCCGCUACCGGUGCAAAAACCGCAGCGGGGACCAGUGGCAAAAAUGCUGCCACCGAGCCUCCGCCGUUCUGGAGAAGGCCGCAGUCCGAGCAAGACAUUACUGUGG